ACCGUCCAUAGGACUCUUCUCACACCACAGGUGUGCAGCGGGAGUCGAGUCGACCUCGAGUCGACGCGUAAAAGAGAGGUCCCAAACCCCCACUUGGUGGCUGUCUCUUCCUCAGGCCAGCAAAGAUGCUUAUCCCCAAGAAGAACCGCAGGGAGGUGUACAAGUACCUCUUCAAGGAGGGUGUCCUUCAGGCGGAGAAGGACUUCAACCUCAAGGAGCACCCGGAGAUCCCCGGCGUGCCCAACCUGCAGGUCAUUAAGCUCAUGCAGAGCUUCAAGUCCCAGGAGCUGGUGACUGAGCGCUUCUCCUGGCGCCACUACUACUGGUUCCUGACCAACAAGGGCAUUGACUACCUGCGCGAGUACCUGAACCUGCCCAGCGAGAUCGUGCCCGCCACCCUGAAGAAGUCCAACCGCCCCCUGGAGCGUGGCCCGCCCAUGCGCGGCGGCGACCGCGGCGACCGCCCGCCCCGCCGUGAGGGUGGCUUCGGUGGCCCCCGCGAGGGUGGCCGCGAGGGCUACCGCGGUGCUCCCCGCGAGGGCGGCGGCUUCGGCCGCGGUGCCGACAAGGCCGGCGCCCCCGGUGCCUACCAGCCCCAGUUCGGCGGCUCGGGCGGCUUCGGCCGCGGCGGCGCCGCCCCCCAGUAAACAUCUGCUGCUUACUGGCGGCGGUGUGCGGCGGGAGGGCUGAGGCCAGGACCACAGGCGUAGUGGCCGCUGUCUUCCAGGACGUUGCCCAGAUUCGCCACCGCGCGUGACGAUUGCGCUUCCCGUGCCCCCGCUCGCGUAGAGCGUGCGGGCCUGAAAGUUGUAACGCCGGUUGGGU